AUGCCGAGAGAUGACAAUCUAAGGGGCACGGACCGAGGAUGUCUGGGGCGGGGCGCCGCGAGGGCUCCGCCCCGGGGCGGGGCGCGGGCGGGCGCGGGCGGACUCCCUCGGGGUCCCAGCGGGCUGGCACUCGGGCGGGCGGCAGCGGCACGAUGGAGGCGCCCGCCGAGCUGCUGGCCGCGCUCUCGGCGCUGGUCACCCGCGCUGGCGCUGCUGCUCGCCUGGCUGCUGGUGCGGCGCGGACCGGCCGCGAGCUCAGACCCCGCCCCCGCGCCCCCGGAGCCCGCGCCCCAGGGCGAGGCCAGCGGCACCCCCGCGCCCUGCGGCCCCGGAGCCCCGGAGCCGGUGGCUGCGCCCGACGGGCCGGAAGAGUCCGAGGGGCCGGGAGAAUCCGCGGGGCCGGGGGAGCGCGCCGGGCCGGCGGAGGCGGAAGAGCAGGCCGCCGAGGCGAGGCAGGAAGAGGAGCAGAAGCAGGAUGGCGAGGAGGGCCCACCCUCAGCAGGGCCUGAGGAAGAAGAUGGAGAGACCUUCUCCUUCAAGUACAGCCCUGGGAAGCUGCGGGGAAACCAGUAUAAGAAGAUGAUGACCAGAGAGGAACUGGAGGAGGAACAGAGAGUUCAGAAAGAACAGCUGGCGGCCAUCUUCAAGCUCAUGAAGGACAACAAGGAGACGUUUGGCGAGAUGUCCGAUGGCGACGUGCAGGAGCAGCUCAGGCUCUACGACAUGUAGGCUGCCACCUCCGCCACCCAGCGGGACGUCCACAACUCUGCCCUGCCCUGUGAGCCCAGCCCUCGUUGCUUUCAGACUUUUGUAGGCUUCAUUUGAUCUUAUAUCCACAGACGUAGAUUUGCUCAGUUCUUGCAAUUUAUGUAUCACGUAACCGGAGUCAGGACUGUGGCCUUCAGAGGAGAAAGUCCCUGACUCCUUUCGCUUCUGCCCGCUGCUGAGGUUCCAGCGGUUACAUGGGGAAAUCUCCCAGCUGUCUUCUGAUCCAAAUGAAAUCUUCCACGCAGACCCAGGGCAGGCAGCAGCCAAGCCCCCAGCACGCGGUGUGGCAAGUCCUGCGGCCUGCACAUCAUCUACCAACAAUACACUCUCGUUCUGUCUUACAAGGAUUUCUGGAAGCUUCUGUAACUGUAUAGAAGCAAGCAGUAGGGGAGCAUUCUUUUAACAAAAAGUCUAAUUUAAUCUCACCUUCCAUCGUGGAACAAAACAACUGUAUCAAAGUUAAGCCCCUCUAAGAGUUCUUCUUAUUUAAGCAUGAGAGUUACUUCACACAUAAUUAAGUAAAACUUAUUUGAGUGCUUAUAAUGUACCUGGAACUACGCUAGACGCUAUAAAUAGAAGAAAUAACAUGUGACAUGGAGGUUAAAGUCCUUUGAGAAGACAGGCACGUGUGCGGGGAGAGAGAACCUCACCAGGCAGCAUCCAAUGAAAUGCCAAAAUGAUCUCAUACAACAGUGUCUGGGACAUUUACGAGAUCAAUAAAUUUCUGAGUCAGUGAAUAUAUGAGGACAGAAAUAACAGUGGUUCCUUCGUGCUGCACAGGCCUGUUUUCUGAUCACGCCAUUGGCAGAAAAAUUCACAGCCCACUGAGUUAGGGAGGGUAUGCUAAAGAGAGAACCUAGGAAGUUCAUAUAAAUAUUUAUUUGCUAAAAUAAAACCAAAUCAACACAAAGCCAAAGCAGUGGCAUUUGAUGCACCUCAGGUUAGUAUUGGUGGGGAGGACAGUUAACCUUUCAUCAUCUGCUUGUUAGGAUUUUUCUCAAGCCUCCACCCAGCUGUUGCUAUAAUUCCUUUUGCUUCUUUGCUGUCCGUCUGCAUGGCUAGAGGGCCUGCUCUCUGUGUCUGUUUUUAUAUCCAAAUGUCAGUGCUUUUUCCUUUUUAAAAAAAUUAUUUUUAUCUUUUUUGUCACUGCUUUUAAAAAAUGUUAUGAUUUGAGAAUUGUUUGUUUCCUUUCUGGGGUCUCAGGGACCCCCUUACAUUGUUUUAUCUCCCCAUCCUGCAAAUGUAUGUCAGUAGGCAGGGCCAUCUCUCCCAGGAUGCACUAGGGCACUGGCAUUGCCCCACUGUCACUGUAUUUCCCUGUCCUCUCCUGCUUCCCCGUCCUUCUUCUCUGAUUCCACCAAAAAGGAACGACUCAUGGUACUUGAGUCAAAAUUCUUAUGGCUAUGGGAAAAGUAAACUGAAGAAAUUUUUGUAUACUCGGAUCAGCUAAGAUGUUCCAACUGCAAAGAACAGAAAACUCCAACUCAACUGUCUUAAACUAGAGGAGAGCUAGGUCACGUGAGGAGUCCAAGGCAGAACGGCUGCAGGCCCAGAACCCUCCCAGCCCAGGCUGCAAUUCUCUCAGUUCAUCUUCCUCGCCUUGCAGGCUCUUGUCGCAGACUAGCUCUCUUCAUGGUUGCAAGAUGACAGCAGUUCAGGUGUCAUGUCCAGAAGCACGUUUCUGGGAAUGACGGAACUGCCCCGGAUCCCCUCUCCACCUUCCUUCAGGUCCCAGUUGGCCAGUAUGUGUCACGUGUCCACACUUCAACCCAUCACUAGCAAAGGGAUGAGACCACUGUGGUUGGCUGAGACGCCUGGGGCUGGGCCCAGGUUAGCUGAACACGUGGCCAAUCAGGGGGGGU